GAAAUUCAGGACUCGAGUUUCCCGGGGAAGAGGCGCGGCCCGAGACCAGCGAGUGGGCAGGACCGGCGCGGGGGCCCUCGCGCCCCGCUUUGACCUUGGGCACGGGGAGGGGCCCCUGCGGGGCAGCCAGCGCCCGCCAGAGGGGGCAGCGGCGAAGAACUUGCUCAAGUUGGAGGCGCGGGUUGGGGCGGCUCCGGCGCCGCCGCCGCCUGUGAGCCUCCUCCCCGGCUCCUCCGCCCCUCCUGCGCCGCCGCCGCCGGCCCGGUGCGCGGCCAGCCCUGCCCCGCCGCCCCUCAGCCUCGCGUGCCCGCCAAGUUGCUGAGCCGCCCGCGCCGCACCGGCAGGCUCUCCUCCCGGCUCCGCCGCGGCUAUGGGCGCGCUGGCCAGGGCGCUGCUGCUGCCGCUGCUGGCCCAGUGGCUCCUUCGCGCGGCCCCCGCGCUGGCCCCCGCGCCCUUCACGCUGCCCCUCCAAGUGGCCUCGGCCACCCGCCACCCGGCUUCGCCCGCCCCAGAGCCCGUGACCUCCGCACUGGCCCGCGCCAAUGGCCUGGCGCUCGCCUUGGAACCCGCUGGAGUCAAUGCCAACUUCUUGGCCAUGGUGGACAAUCUGCAGGGGGACUCUGGCCGCGGCUACUACCUGGAGAUGCUGAUUGGGACUCCCCCCCAGAAGCUACAGAUUCUCGUCGACACUGGAAGCAGUAACUUCGCCGUGGCAGGUGCCCCCCAUUCCUACGUAGACACCUACUUUGACGCAGAGAGGUCCAGCACCUACCGCUUCAAGGGCUUCGAAGUCACUGUGAAGUACACACAGGGCAGCUGGACUGGCUUCAUGGGGGAGGAUGUGGUCACCAUCCCAAAGGGCUUCAAUAGUUCGUUUCUUGUCAACAUCGCCACUAUUUUCAAGUCAGAGAAUUUCUUUCUGCCUGGGAUCAAAUGGAAUGGAAUACUUGGACUUGCUUAUGCCACCCUGGCCAAGCCAUCAAGCUCUCUGAAGACCUUCUUCGAUUCCCUGGUGACUCAAGCAAAGAUCCCCAACGUCUUCUCCAUGCAGAUGUGUGGGGCGGGACUGCCAAUUGCUGGAUCUGGUACCAACGGAGGUAGUCUUGUCCUGGGUGGAAUUGAACCCAGUCUGUAUAAAGGAGACAUCUGGUAUACCCCCAUAAAGGAGGAGUGGUAUUAUCAGAUAGAAAUUCUGAAAUUGGAAAUCGGAGGCCAGAGCCUUAAUCUGGACUGCAAAGAGUACAACGCGGACAAGGCCAUCGUGGACAGCGGCACCACGCUGCUGCGCCUGCCCCAGAAGGUGUUCGAUGCGGUGGUGGAGGCCGUGGCCCGCACGUCCAUGAUUCCAGAAUUUUCUGACGGGUUCUGGAGCGGGGCCCAGCUGGCGUGCUGGGCGAAUUCUGAAACGCCUUGGUCCUACUUCCCUAAGAUCUCCAUCUACCUGAGGGAGGAGAACUCCAGCCGAUCCUUCCGCAUCACCAUCCUGCCUCAGCUUUACAUCCAGCCCAUGAUGGGGGCUGGCCUGAACUACGAGUGCUACCGAUUCGGCAUCUCCUCCUCCACCAACGCGCUGGUGAUCGGUGCCACCGUGAUGGAAGGCUUCUACGUGGUCUUCGACAGAGCGCAGAAGAGGGUGGGCUUUGCUGCCAGCCCGUGCGCAGAGAUCGCAGGUGCUCCAGUGUCUGAGAUCUCGGGGCCCUUCUCCACCGAAGACAUAGCCAGCAACUGUGUCCCCGCCCAGGCUUUGAAUGACCCCAUUCUGUGGAUCGUCUCCUACACCCUCAUGAGCGUGUGCGGAGUCAUCCUCCUCAUCCUGAUCCUUCUGCUGCUCAUCCCCUUCCAGUGCCGGCACACGCCCCGCGACCCCGAGGUCGUCAACGAUGAGUCCUCUCUCGUCAGGCAUCGCUGGAAAUGAAGAGCCACGUCUGACUCUCUGACCUUGACCUUGGCUCUCCACAGGACUCCGCAUCCAGGGUGCCGCGUGGGUCGGGCCAGGCUCCUUCCUCUGUGCGUUGGUUGGGAAUCUCGUCCUGCUCCCACAUGCCUUCCAGAUUCACUGUACCUUGAUUAUUCUUGAUCUUAAAGCUUCCGGUUCUUCUUUCCUACUUCCAAGAAAAAUGGUAAUAAAAAACACCUCAUUCUAAACCAAAAUGGAGUGGAUCAGGCUUCAGGCUUUACGGAGCUGCAAACUGACCAGGUGUGUCAUCAAAGAAAAAAAAGGGGCAAGCCAUGACUGGCUUUCUUUCUCUAACCUCUUGAAAAAUGUGUGUGCAUAACCCUGUUAGCUUCCUAGGAGCUUUUGUAUUAAUAGUAUCUAAGGGUAUUUUGCACCGGGCUUUGGCGUGGGUUGGGUGGCACUGGAAGACUUUGCAACAUGGUGCAGGAGGAGCCGUUGCCCCAGCCCUCACCAGCCUCUCCUGCAGACGCGGGGCCUCCUUCCUGUCGAGGCACAGGUGAAGGGGACCUGCUCUUUUGUACCCAAUGAAGCUGUGCUAUUGUUGGUGGAAAGUUAAAGUACUACCUCUAUGACUUUGCCCAGGGUCCUGAGACUGGGUGGGGUGGCGCAGCUUGAUGCCAGCUAUGUCCUCACCCGCCAGAGUCCUCAUCCCACCAGGUGAGAAGGGUCCACUGAGCUUGGUUCUGUGGCCAUGCUGGCCGCGACCACACACCCUUCCUCCUGCACAGCUCAAUUAGCAGGGCCUUCAGGAGCGAGACAAAUGCGACUUUGAUGGCAGAGUUGUUUCUGUUUCUAGGUCUUCUCUGGAAGUGGGUUGGUUGGUCCCCUUCUGGGAAACAGAGAAGUGGCUAAAGGCCCACGCUCUGACCCACUGCAGAGGAAGCCAGGUGAGGGACACGGAGGAGCUCUGAUUCUCCCUGUGCUCUCAAGCCAUGUGCUUCCCUCUGCAUAACUGCGGGGCUCAGGGUGACUGCCCGGAUGCACUCAACCAGAGCUGUUUGGCAGUCGGCCUUUGUGCCUUUGGCCUUUGGUGACAGGUGAUUAGCGGUGUCCUUGUUUGGGGGGAAAUCCCCACUUGCUGUUGCUCAUUUGAGGCCUUUGCCAAAGAGAAGUGGAGCCUUAACUCGCUGCAGCCGGCUUACAUGACCUGAUGCAAUCAGAAGGUGCCAGCCAGUCUCCCUUCUCUCUUCACUUUGCAGUGCUACUGGGCGGGCUCGGCGUGUUACAGAAUUCCUAUCAGCAGUGCUAAGCACCCCCUCCCCCGCAGGAGUGUUCUUGCUGUGUGUGUGGACGUUCAGGACACCUGUUCUGCUCAUGAGGUCCCUGAGUCACCUCCAUAUUGAGAAAUACGUGACCAUGCCAAAGAGACAUGGGGGCCACCCAGGCAGGUUAUGGUGAGCUCGUAGAUGCUGGCAGCCUAAAGAAUCUUCUGUGAGAUUCCCGUGGGGGAAGAGCUGAGCUGGAUCUGAGAGGAAGCUGAGCACACAGAGGGCAGAGAGGAGUGUCCUCGCCUGCUCUUGUCUUGGCUGGCCUCUGCUGAUCAUUUCAAAAUGUGUUGCAGAGCUAGACAUCUCUGGCAGUGGAUUUCACUUCUUAUCCCGAUGACUUCUCCAUGGAUUCCUGUUUUGUGAGCCUCUUUGUAUCAAAGUGAAGCCAGUUAUCCUAAACUGCACCUCCUCUUUGCUGUAAAAAAACUGACCCCUGAAAUAACAGGAGGGGUGCGGGGUGUGGCCGGCAGCUGGGCUGUGGGUCCUGGGGCAGGUGCCGUCUGUUCCUCUUUGCUCUCCUGGUUUCUGAGUGGGGAUGGUUCUGCUGCGGCAGAUCAGCAGGCACAGCUCUCAGAAUACAGGAGCCUAACAGAUCAGGUUCCCCGAGGCCCUGGAUGGAGUUUACAAUAAUGCUCUUUGCUGCGCAUCUAAUUUCCCUACCUUUGCAUCUCCGAUGCCAUUGGAUGUGACAUUUUAAUGGGAAUGCUUAAAUUACAAAAGCAUAAUUUAGCAACAAGAGUGGAACAGACAGUUGAAUUUAGGACACUUUCCUGGCAUGCAUUGCAGCUGAAAAUUGGACUUUGAGUCCAAACUGUGAUAGUGACACCCACCUCCUCAAGUUAUGUAAAUUGAGACUGCCUGACACACCCGCAGAGAGAUUUGCUUUGAACAGGAAGGGAGGCUGCAGCCCUUUGAGGGUGUCAUUUUUUACCUUGCAAUUCACCAUGGAAGGUUCUGGAAAUCAGCCCUGGCCUGAAAGGAGCAACUGAACGAUUGCAUGUUAGAAGCCUCCUCAGCUUCAGAGUGGAGCAGGUUCUCCAUGAACCAGCUUAUUUUAAGUAGUGUGCUGCUUCCUUCUUGAUAACUUACUCAGAAGUCUGAAGUGAAGCCCUGCCUUCGGAAACUGGAACUAUUUCUAAAAUACAGCAAGAAGCGAGGUGGGGGUUGAGUCUUUUUCCCCCUUGGGAAUUUAAAGGAACCAUGAGUGACUGGUAUCUGAUCCGCUGGCACAUGUGCCACGCCCUAUUGCCUUUCUUCUGAGCCCAAAACAAGUGCCUGGCACUGAAGAAGCCCUGCCCUGUGCACGACCCCGGGUGCUCCAGCUCAGCACUGUGCUUCUGAGCCUGGAGAAGGACGUCUCUGGGCUCAUCCUGAAGCCCAGAAGUUUGAGUUGGAGAUAGCCUUGGGGUCAGUGAUCAGAACUGUGGAGCCAUUCCCAGCAAGACAGCGGUAAGGACGCCAUGGAGCUUGGGGCCAUAGAUUUGGGGAUUUGGCUGCAAUUAGGGGAUUCAUUCUCUCCCUUAAGAGGAGCAAGAAGAGGAAUCAUUUAAUUAUUUAGUCAAAAAUGGGGGUUUGUUGAGUUCUUCAGGCCACAUCCCAUUUGGUGGAUCUGCCACACAGGGUCCCAUCCUGAGUUCUGGCUUCCUGCCGCUCCAUGUCCCCAGGAAUAAGUCAGUGCCAAACUGUGUUUCAUAACCAGGAGUAAUUGGGUUUCACAGCCUUUGUCCUUAUGAGUGGAAAUCAGAUAAUCAGGGAGAAACCCAAUAUGUUUUCUCUUGCACAAACUAUUUAGAAUUGAUUAUGGAACCAUUCAGGGAAAAAAACUUACCCUAAGAUUUUUUUUUUCUUUUUUUAAAGAAAAACUGCCCAACACCAUAAAAGGUACAGUUGUGGGGUCUGCCAAGGGAGAGACUAGAUUUUUAGUACUAGGUAAACUCCACAAAUCUCUAUUAGGCUUAACAUUUUUUAGACUUGAACUUAUGAUUGUUUAUCAAUUCAAAAGCCAUCUGGAAAAAUUCUUUGGGGGGUGGGGGAGGGGUGAUGCGAUUUCCAGUGUGCUGACUGACAGGGAAGCAGGUUUGACUCCUUCAGGAAACGUGCUUUCAUUCCGGCCACCUCAGAUUUCUUUCUCACAGUUGCUGGAUCUGUGGAGAUGUGAUUUGUUUUAGAGAUCCAGGAAUACUCAAGAUAGCAUCCCCAUCAGCAUUAAUGGCCUGAGGGAAGGUGGGCUGUGAGCUGCCCAAGCUGGGGAGGGAUGUCCACUCCAGAGACAGAGUGCAGGGUUAUCGGUGUUUGGUAGACUCCAGGAAGAGGGCGGGACAGGAAGGAGCCAGAAGAGAGGUGGACCCACAGUCUGCAUUUGUGCAAAGACACUGUGGGCUGCUGUCCCAGGGGUGCUCUCAGGGUCCUGGCCCUGCCCACGCUGUAGUGAUGUCCCAGAGGGUCCUCUCAGACUGGUCACUGCAGGAGAGGAGCCAUCAGACUGAAGGAACUUGCUUUAUAGCCGUAUUUAGAACCCUGUUCUAGUAAAUAGAGAGGCCCAAACUGCCCAGCGGGACCCAGGCCUCAGCCUGCAGGUCCAGGGCUACGACUGAGAACUUUGGAAGGCAGGGUCAAGAGACUGAGGCCAGGGGACUUUGCCAGGUUACCUAUGGGGUCUGAGCUCCUGGGAAGGGCGCCUGGCAGCUGCUGCCUGGAUAUUCUUCCCGAGAACAGAGUAACUCAGGCCAGCCCAGCCACUCUGACCACACUCCUUUCCCAGACACUUCCAGAAAGAAGAACUUGAGGGAAACCAGAUCCUUCCUCAUGUCACUGCUGUCGGCCUCCGAGCCCUGCCCCCAGGGUGGCCCCCAGCCUCAGCAUCCCUAGCAGGUCCAGGAGGUCCCAAAGUGAACCUCAGUCCUAUCCAGAAUCAGCGUGGGACAGCCUGUGGGGCAGGGCCACACUGAGAAUGGGCCAGGCCCUUCCCUCACAGGUGUGCAGUGUUUAGGAUGAAUGGGGCCAGGCUGGCCUGUACCCAGGACGCACCCACAGAGCCCCACAUGUCACAGCCCGAACAGAACCUUGCUGGUAUGGAUCUGUAACUCUGCUGUGUCACCCAGGUGCUGGGUGUGUGGUGCAGACGUGGUUCCAGUUGACACGGCUGUGCUCACAGUGGGGCCUCUAGAAGGAGACAAGCAACCUGGGCCUCUCUUGCCACCAGCCCCACGUUGACAUUGAUGUGUGUCCGGGGUCUCCAACGAGCUGGGAGACAAGUUUUUGUUCACAACACAUGCACAGACAGGCGUAUCACGAGGAGCCCAGUGUCCCCCCAUGGCCAGGCCUCUUUCUUUCUGGUAAAGGCCAGCUGCGGACUCUGAGCUGUCUCCUGAUGUGAGCGGGUUUCCACCUGUUACAUCUUGGGGCUCCAUGGAAGAGAAAUUUCACAAGUUUCACGUCUCUGAGCCGGGCUCUCAGAGCAAAGUGUUCAGAGGGCAUUCAAAGGCUAUCUUCUUUUGAGAUCAAGGGGGUGGGGGGAACUGCUAAUUAAGGAUCUGUUAAUCAAUAUUAAAAAUCACAAUAAAAUUUAUUAACAAAUUGUAUGCAAUUUUGUGUUCUUUGUUGCUAGGGGUAUAGAACUGGGGGUUACCUCCCCUGACACACAUUUUCCUAAUUGUGGAUGCCAUGUCACACAUGGUCAUCAGCAAGGGCGGAAGUUCUGCUUGGUGUAGCAAUUGCUCGGUACACGUGAGCACUCGGAGAAUGAAUGGGAUCUGUCACGUGCUAAUGACAGAUUCAUGGGAUCUAAAAUGACAUAUUUUCUACCAUUUCUGUUCAUUUUACUGUUGACCAUUCUUGAGGUUUAAAAUGCCUGUGUUCGGGCAUUGGAAGGGGCCACUCAUCUCUCCUUAAAGUGACGGGGCUCACUGCCACGUGGGCAGUGGCUGUUAGGGUUCUGGUGGAAGAGCUUCCAGCCUGCACUGAAUUCUAAGCAGAUGCCAAAAGUAGAGCCUGGCAAAAUGUAUUUUAUGCAUAUCUCAGAUUUAUAUCUUUUAACACAUGGUUCCUAAGUGUAACUUGUAUUUCUGGCAAUGCUUAAAAUGAUUUUAUAUUUCCCUUUUGGAAUUUUCCUCCAUUUCCAGCACACUGACUUUAAUUAUAGUUGUGAUUUGAACAAGAAGAUAUUCAUUCCAUCUUCGAAGGGGCUCAGCGGCCGUGGACAAAUGUAGAAACGAUUGCUGUGCAAAACAUGGAGUUUUCUAAAAUGACCUUAUUUUUAUACUUAUAUGCUGCACUGAUUUAAGAUAUAGACCAUUGAAAAGGAAAUAGAAUAUAUUGGUUUAUUUGAAUAAAUAAUACUCUAACUUGU